AUGGCGGAUUUCUACGAUGGCGAAUUCAGUGGGGGUUUCACGACUGAAAAUGCUCCUAACUCUCAGUCUGAACCCAGAACCAGAACCAGUUUGACUCCUGUUACUAUUAAACAGAUUAAUGAUGCUACACAGCCAAUCCCAGACGGCAAUUUUAAGGUCAAUAACGUAGAAUUAAACAUGAUAAGCUUUGUUGGAAUUGUGCGUAGUGUUGAUCUGUUGCCCUCAGCUAUUCUGGUGACAAUCGAAGAUGGCACCGGUACGACUAAUGUCAGAAAGUGGGUAGAUGAAAACUCCGGAACACCAGCUGAGGCCGAAGAAAAGUACCGCAUGUACCUUGAUAAAUAUGUCUACGUUACAGGUGCAUUGAAGUCAAUGUCCAACAAGAGUUACAUUCAAAAUGCACUGGUCAUGCCUGUAAAGGACCAUAACCAGGUCUUGUCGCACGUGUUAAGCGCUAUUCACCAUCACUUGCUUGCUCAGGGAAUCAAGCCACGCCCCAAGGAUGAAAAGCUGUUGUUUGUUUCCGAGUCGGCAUCGACGUCCGCACCCCAAUUAUCUAUCAAAGAACGUAUAAUGAAGGUGGUUAGGGAUCACAGUCCGCUGAUGGUGGAAGGUGUGCCUCCAAGAUUGAUUUCUCAGAUCGUGGGGAUUGGCCAGGACGAAGUCACCAAGAUUUGCACAGAAUUGGUGGAUAGAGGCGAACUAUACGGAGGCCUGGACGACAACACAUAUCUCUUAGAUUAA